AUGGCGGCGGGCGCGGCGGGAACGCGCGCGCUGCUGGCGCUGCUCGUCUUGUGCUCGAUGGCCGCCGGCGCCGCGGGGACAACUGGCUUUAUAAAGUCACCGCUGUCUCAAAAGAGACUGGCUCAGGACAGCGUGGAGCUGUACUGCGAGGCGAUUGGCAAUCCCAUCCCCGAGAUCCAGUGGUGGUUUGAGGGCAACGACCCCAAUGAGACCCAUGCCCAGCUCUGGGAUGGCGCACGGCAGGACCGUGUCAAAAUCAACGCCACCUACAACCUGCACUCCACCAGCACCAUCUCCAUCGCCAACCUCACGGCCGACGACUCGGGCAUGUACGAGUGCCGGGCCAGCAACGACCCCGACCGCAACCACUUGUCGAAGAGCCCCAAAGUCAAGUGGAUCCGUUCCCAGGCGAACGUUUUUGUCAUCGAACGUCCAGAUAUCUCUGGUAAUUUCAUCGUGGGUGAUGGCAAGGUGACCCUGUGGUGUAACAUGUCUGAACCACAACACACCAUCACUGGCCACAAGUGGAUUCACAAGGAGAAGACCCUGAAGGAGGACAACGAGCCUGGUGCUUCCACCAGCUACACAUUUGAGGGGACGGUGGAGGAGCACUCUGGCAUCUACGAGUGCAUCUUUGAAGGCAACCCACAGACCAGAGGACAACUGAAUAUUUCUGUUCCCCCCCAGGUGACAGCAUACAAGAAGUCAGAGCAUGGCAAUGAGGGGGACACAGGGGUGCUGACCUGCAAGAAUCCCUCUUUCCCUGCUGUCACCACCUGGUCCUGGCACAAAAGUGGGCACGGGCGCCUGGAGAACGCCUCUGGCAGGUACAUCAUCAAGUCCAGCGGCAACAAGACGGAGCUGAGGAUCCUGAAGCUGGACAUCGAGCAGGACACGGGGGAUUAUUUCUGCAACGCCACCAACCCGCUGGGCACGGGCGAUGCCACCGUGAACCUGCGCGUGCGCAGCCGCCUGGCCGCCCUCUGGCCCUUCCUGGGCAUCGUGGCCGAGGUGCUGGUCCUGGUCACCAUCAUCUUCAUCUACGAGAAGAGGAGGAAGCCAGAUGAGGUUCCUGACGAUGAUGAUGGAGGCUCUGCACCACUGAAGAGCAAUGCCACAAACCACAAGGACAAGAACGUCCGCCAGAGGAACGCCAACUGAGAGAGGCCCAGGUGAUGCGUAGAUGAAGAACUCAUCUGGACAAUUUUAUUUUCUUUUAAUUUUUUUUUUUUUUUGGUAAAAUAGCACCAUGGAAUAUUCUAGUGCGUCCCUGAGAUUCAGUUACUUCACUUUCUAAGGAAACUUUUAAGUUGUAGAAAUAUAAAAUACACUUUUUUUUUUUUUUUUUUUUUAAGAGUCGUGGGAGGGUUUUUUUUUCUACCUGUAAAAUGUAAAACCCUUUGUUCCUGGUAGUCUAGAUCUCUUGACUGUCUCUGUCCUAGGUUAUUUCAUGUUGGUACAGAGUGAUGGGGAAGGGGGGUGGGAAUGCAGCUGUGUCCCACCUGCUUAUGGGAAUGAGGGAGGAGCUGCUUUGGUGGCUGUGGGGAGAUGCCCUGAGAGGGUUCAGGAAGGGGUUUUGUGUCUUUCCCAGUGCAUCACCAGGAGCAAGGCUGCACCUUUUCCCUGGCCAGGGAUCCCUGUCAGCUCCUGCCAAGCUGCUCUUGGUUACAGUGCAGCCAGGGGCUGGAUGCUGGAUAAGUGAUUGCUGGAUAAAUGAUUGCUGGACAAAUGAUUGCUGUAACUUAUUCCAUGGGUUGUUGGUGUCUGUGCAGUGGGGAGGGGCAGGCUGAGCUGGGGCUGGGGGUGAUUUUAAGGUUUAACAGCUUUGUGCUUUGUGCUUGAGCCGUUGUGAUUUGGGGGCUGUGAGCAGACGGGGGCUCAGGGGAGUCUAACACCUUUACUGCUGGUUAGCAUUGAGCUGUUCCAUCUGUUAACACUUCACAAAUAAAGAUGAUUCCUCUCUCUUUUUUCCA